UGUAGUUGCUUUGUGGUGUUUAUUAGUGCGUUUUUUCCGAAGUGAAGUUGGCUGCGAUUUAUACCACUUCCUUUUCCGUGUUAGCUGUGAGAGAAAAAACAUGCCGCUAGCAAAAGAUCUUCUGCACCCUCUGCCCGCUGAGGAGAAGCGCAAGCACAAGCUGAAGCGCCUGGUCCAGCACCCCAACUCGUACUUCAUGGACGUGAAGUGCCCCGGCUGCUACAGGAUCACCACCGUCUUCAGCCACGCCCAGGGCGUUGUGGUCUGCGCCGGUUGCGCCACCAUUCUGUGCCAGCCUACUGGAGGACGCGCUAAGCUGACAGAAGGCUGCUCGUUCCGCAGGAAGCCACAAUAAAAUGGGACUCGCGAUGAACCACAAAUUAUUAAUUUUUUAAUAAAAUCUAAAACGUAAAGAUACCACAGAACCCAUCCGAAAGAAGCUUGUAAUUCAAUUGCGGCGGUCCUUUGGUCCAUUGUGUGCUUUGGAAUUAAAGAAUUAACGAUCUUGUGGUCGGCUACGUGAAAAAACCACCUUGUCGUAUUUGUUUAAAUGAGAGACGUAAUUUAUUCAUAUGGUUUUUGGAACACCGAUGUAAAUUCAUUGUGUUCACUCAUUGCAAGAGUCGAAACAAAACUUCAGGGAUUUUUUUCACUAUUAUGCUUAGACCUAAAGUUUUAGUGACUACAAUAAAGAAUGUUUCAUAGGCUUUAAAA